AUUAGACUUCAUGCAAAGCACUCUAGACCAGAUCCUGGACGCAUUGACAAGUCCAGGAUUCCGGCCACCAGCACAAUCGUCGUUGCCGUUAUCGGCGAUGUCAGGCCCCUUUCCAGUUCAAGCUGGUACACAACCAAGUGGUACAUCUGCAUCAGUCGCACAGACUGUUGCAUCUUCUUCUUCGGGUCCAGCGGUGGGAGCUACACCACCGCAACGACCUGUUCAGCAAUCUGGACAGCCGCAGGGUCAAUGGUAUCCUACGACCCCAAUGAAACCGCCCCUUGCUUUCUCAGGUGAGGGAAAGGGCGAAGAACUCAACACAUGGUUGAGAACAAUCCCGGUUUGGGUGAAGGCAAAGAGGACCUUGCUGGAGGAUGAAGUGGUAACUGCGGCGUCUUACCUCGAAGGUAAGGCAGCCAAAUGGCUAGAUGGUGUAGUGAUAAAGGCCGGGCACGGGCGACGCAUGGCGGACUGGGCUAAGUCUCUAACGUUAGACCAGUUCAUGGAAAUGGUAGAAGCUCGAUGGCAUAACCCACAGGAGGCACAAAAGGCCACUGAUGCCGUAAACAAACUGGACCAACGGAAGUUCAAAUCGGUUAGAGAGCUUACGACUACCGUUGAGAGYMUGAUCCUCGUYCCAGGCAUUAACUACAGCGACCAGUUCCUAUUGACUACAUUUGUCAGAUGUCUCCCAGAGAACAUCAGGAACUUGCUGGCCAGUGAGGCACGCGUCGAGUAUCACUCGUUUGAGACAUUGUCUAGGAAAGCCUUAGAUUUGGAGGCCACGCUAGGCAAUGCUGAGAGACUCGAAGAAGAAGAAGAGUCCCCAGGAGUGGAAGAAGAAGGGGGCGAAGUUGAUGAUGGUUGAGUCCGAUGGGACUCAAACUGAGAUCGACGAACUCUCUGACCUGGUGGACUAUUCAGAGUAUGACGGCGAGGAGGUAGCUGAGGGUAGCACCCUCGCCGCAGUAGUAAAGGCUAAGGCCGGUG